CUCCCUGCUGCAUGCAUCAUGAUGAGUAGGUGAGCAGAGAAGGCGUGGGCCUGCAGCACAGAGAGGAGCUGACAGAGCAUUAAUGACACACUGGCCGGUUACAGUUACAGGGAUGCACAUCUAGCCCGAUUCCACCUCUGUUUUCAGGCUUCAUCUGCGGACUCGAAAGCGCCUAAAACCUGGGACAAUUCCGCCGUUUAAAACCAACUUUAGUGGAUUAAUUUAUUCUACAAAAUGCGCUUGGAACGAUUUCGCGUAAAGACGCCGGGGAUCGGAGCCCUCCUGGCCCGCUCACUCCUUUGUAUCAGCGGGCUGUUGCUCACUUUUUCUCAGCCUGGCUGCGAGGCGUUCAACCUGGACGUGGAGACGCCAGCUGUUUACAGCGGACCUAACGGGAGCUACUUCGGAUAUGCUGUUGACUUUUAUUUGGCUGAUUCUGCCAGUGCGAGUUUGGUGAUCGGAGCUCCGAAGGCCCACACGAAUCAGGUUAACGUCACCGAGGGAGGAUCCGUCUUCUACUGUCCGUGGAGCCUCAGCCAAUCAGAUUGUCACACCAUCGCCUUUGAUACCGAAGGCGAUCGCACCGUGUUGCUCAACGACACAGAACAUCAGGUCGAUUUCAAGUCCCACCAAUGGUUCGGCGCCACUGUACGAUCUCACGGUGACACAAUUCUGGCAUGCGCCCCUCUCUACUCCUGGCGGACUGAAAGGGAUGUCCCCCAUUCUGACGCGACAGGAACCUGCUACCUCUCAGUCCAUAAUUUCACCAAAUUUGUGGAGUACGCUCCCUGCCGCACAGAGAUCAGUAAUGCGGUGGGACAAGGCUACUGCCAGGGAGGAUUCAGUGCGGACUUCACUACGGAUGGCAAAGUGGUAUUGGGAGGGCCAGGCAGCUACUUCUGGCAGGGUCAGGUGAUCUCUGCAGCUAAGGAGGACAUUAUCAAAGCGUACUACCCUGGAUACUUUAUGCAGUCUGUGGAGGGCCAGAUUCAGACCAGACAGGUCAUGGCUGAACAUGAUGACAGCUACCAAGGCUACUCUAUUGCUGUUGGGGAAUUCAGCGGCGAUCAGGUGGAAGAUUUUGUGGCCGGCGUUCCAAAAGGACUCAAGCUUUAUGGUUUGGUGUCCGUUCUGAACGGCUCAGAUCUGAAGACCCUGAGUAACUACACUGGCGAGCAGAUGGGGUCAUAUUUCGGGUACGCAGUGGCAACGACUGACAUAAACAGUGACGGCAUGACUGACCUGCUGGUGGGAGCUCCCAUGUUCAUGGUCCGGGGCUCCGAUAGCCGUCUGGAAGAGAUGGGCCGGGUCUAUGUUUACCUGCAGCGGGGCCCCGUCAAUCUGGAGCUCCGCCUCCCUCACCUGACGGGCACCCAGGUGUUUGGGAGAUUUGGCAGCACCAUUGCACCAUUGGGAGAUCUGAACCAGGAUGGGUUCAAUGAUGUGGCUAUCAGCUGCCCGUUUGGAGGGGACGACCAGCAGGGCCUGGUCUACAUCUAUAAUGGAUACUCAGAGGGUCUGAGGGAGAAACCGUCUCAGGUGAUCACUGGCCAGUGGGCUGCUGGGGCCAUUCCUGCCAGCUUUGGAUUCUCCCUCAGAGGAGCUCAGGACCUGGACAUGAACGGAUAUCCAGAUCUCAUUGUUGGUGCCUUUGGUGUUAAUAAGGCAGUUCUCUAUAGAUCCCGCCCGAUAGUCAACACCAGCGUCUCUCUGACGGUUUACCCCACCAUGAUCAACCCUGAAGAGAAGAACUGCAUGGUCACCAGUGGAAACAGCAGCAUUCCUGUUUCCUGUGUCAACCUGAGUUUCUGCAUAUCUGCUGAUGGGAAGCACCUUCCAGACGUCCUAGAUUUCCAGGUGGAAGUGCAGCUCGAUAGUAAUAAGCACAAGCAGAAGGGUGCAGUGAGGAGGGCUCUGUUCUUGGAUUCCCAGCAGCCUUUGCUCCAGAGGAGUGUGAGGGUGCGCCAUGGCGAGCGUGUUUGCAACAACACCAAGAUCUACCUGAGAGAUGAGAAAGAAUUCAGGGAUAAACUCUCCUCCAUUUAUGUGGCCUUGAACUUCAGCUUGGAUCCAAAAGCUGCAGCCGACUCCCACGGGCUGCGGCCCAUCCUCAACUAUCAGACCACCAGCGUUAUUGAGCAGAAGGCUCAGAUUCUGCUGGACUGUGGGGAGGACAACAUCUGCGUUCCUGACUUGAAGCUGGCAGUUCAAGGGAACAGGAAGGAGGUGUACCUGGGUGAUGACAACUCGCUGACCUUGACCUUCAACGCCAGGAAUGAGGGCGAGGGAGGGGCGUAUGAGGCGGAGCUGUACGUGGUGCUGCCCCACGAAGCUGACUACAGCGGUAUUUCCCGCAAUAAUGAGAGUCUGACCCAGCUGACCUGCAGCUAUGACACGGAGAACCAGACCCGGUUCCUCAGCUGUGAUUUGGGUAACCCCAUGAAGUCUGGCACCAGUCUGUGGGCAGGUCUGCGCUUCACAGUGCCGCGGCUGAAGGACGUGCACAAAACGGUCCAGUUUGAGCUGCAGAUCCGCAGUAAAAACGAGAAUAAUUCCCACAGUGAGGUUGUGCCCUACAAGCUGGAUGUGGUGGUUCAGGCUGAAGUCAUUCUGCAGGGCGUGUCUCGACCAGAUAAGGUCGUUUUCCCGCCGGCCAACUGGAAGGUGACCAAAAACUACGAGGUGGAGCAGGACGUUGGGCCUGUAGUGGAGCACAUCUAUGAGCUGGUGAACAACGGGCCCAGCCGGAUCAGCCACACCCUGCUGGAGCUGCGCUGCCCCCUCAGAGUCCAGGGUCAAACUCUGCUCUACCCUCUGGACUUCUCCAUCGAAGGCCCCAUCAACUGCACCGCCGACAAAAACAUGAACCACCAAGACCUCAAACUCCAGCACACUUCCACAGAACCACCUAUCCUGGCACUGAAGGCACAUGAGCACCAUGUCGAGAGGAGGGACGUCCACAGGAAUCAACUCGCUCAUUUGACGAACCUGACCUGCUCCAACACGGAGUGCUGGGCGCUGCGGUGCACCGUGGGUCUGCUGGAGAAGGGCACAACCGCCAUCCUCAAAGUGCGCUCCCGCAUCUGGGCCGAGACCUUCACCGAGAGAGUUUACAAGCACUAUGUGCUGGAGUGCCUGGCCAGGUACAGUGUGGAGAAGAUGCCGUACGCCAUCCUCCCCAGACACGCGCCCAGCGGACACAAGAAGGUGGUGACCCCGCUGGUGUGGAAUAAGCCGGAUAUCGAGAACUCGGUUCCUCUGUGGAUCAUCAUCUUGGCCAUUCUGGCCGGUUUACUGCUUCUCGCUCUGCUCAUCUACGUCCUCUACAAGUUCGGCUUCUUCAAGCGCUCUCUCCCGUACGGCACGGCCAUGGAGAAAGCUCAACUCAAACCCCAGGCUGCCUCUGAGGCCUGAACAGCUGCAGUAUCCGGCCUUAUGACUGCAGAGUGGAUCAGAGAGUUAGUGAGAGAGAGACCACUGGAAGCUCCACUGUGCUGCACGACAGGAAGACUCCAAAGAUCUCCAAAUGAAUGUUUUUUCUUUUUUCUUUUUUUAACUUAUGUCUGGUUUGUCGGCAGGUUGCGAUUGUUACUAAAUGGAACUUUUUCUCAACGCCUCAUUAGACUGAACAGACUAGAAGAGCAGGCUGCGCCGGGUUUCCCUUUAAUCGCCUUAUUCUGGUGCUAAAGAUCUCACGGGCCACAUGUAGCUUAAUGCAGCCAGGCGCUGUGCGUCCUCCGGAGGCCCGCGCGUCUUCUUCUGGUGUCUCCGCAACACGUGUCGCUCAGCAUCCUGUUGAAACUGCUCUGCUUUUAUCACAACAUUUAAAGUUUUACGUAAUUUAAGUCCUGACCUGCCCGAGGUGCUCCCCUGAUUCUCGUCCUAAUGCAUGCUGGGAUAUGCUCCAGCACCGCGCGCCCCUGAGCGGGAGGAGUGCAGGGAAGUUCUUGAACUCUCUCUCUGCCUCGGGUCGGUGGACGGCGCCGGGUUGAGUUGUUUUUUGCACUCAAAGGAAAUCUACUGAUAUAACUCCAGAGACUGAAACGGACCGACUCACCUUCCUUUGAGUUCUGACUCCUGCUGAUCGCUUUCAACCCGUGCUCACGUUCAGAGUUACCAUCGGAACCCCCGCAGACCUGUGAACGUCUGAUCCGCUUCCGUCUUUUCUCUGGCUCGCUUUCAAUCCAGUGAGUUGAUGAGUGCGGCGUGACGAUCAGCGCGUUGUAGCUUUGGCAGAGUUUUAGUCUGAGAGCAGGCGGGGUCGGCAGGAUUAGAGCUGCACCAUAAUGUCACAUGUCGGGAUGCAUCACGUGUUGUUAGUGACCUGCAGACUCUGCACGCACAGACAACCAUCACACGCCGUCUUCAUCAUUUAUCAAACUACCACAGCAGCGAGGAGCAGGAGAAAAGAAGAUUCGGCUGCAGAAAUAAUCAGUUGCACGGAAACAUUUCAGCUGCAGAAAGAAGGAAGUUGAGUAAAAAGCGGAGCUUUGUCCUCGUCGGGUGAAGAUUCAGUUUUCUGGUGCAGCUCUAGUCCCGACCGUUUCCAGCUCGCAGUGCGUGUCACUGUGAGAUACUGUAUUUCUGAUCGUCUUCGCCACGUUCACAAAGUGGCUGAAGUCAUCACCCAACAGGCGACGGGGACUGAACAUUAAAAUGCUUCUGUUACUCGUCGUGUACAGAGAUCGUGUGCCUUUGAUGUAAAUACUGUGUGUUUGUGUGAAUGGUAUAUUUAUGAAUGUUUGUUAUGUGUAUGAAUUUGUUGUUAGCCUUGUACAAACACAUGAUGUAAUAACGCUGCAGUGUGUUAUACAUUUCCCCGCAUUUUGCAACAAAUUAUUACAUAUUUUUAUUACAAACUGCGGGAGUUGCAUUUAAAAAAAGAAGAAGUAAUAAUGCAUUAUGUAAAAAUGGACGUCUUCAUGUACAUGUUAUAUUUUUAGAAAUAGAUUUGGCCAAUGAAAGAUAAUCUACUGAACUAACUAUAUCUUUUAAAAUGUAUUUUGAGUCGGUAUGAUUCAUGCUUAAAUGCAUAAAAAUAAACAUUGUUGUUAUGAAUGAAGACAUCCAUUUGGGUUGUUAUUACUUUAUGCACGAAGAACAAAACAUGCAUUUUGUAAUAACCGCUGCAAUAUGAAAUAGUUUGAAGUGCAGUUAUUAUAUGAUGUGUUAUAAUCCUUCCCACUGCUCAGUCGUGCUCCCCCCCCCAUUCUGCAUUAGUUGCUCCUGACUCAUAAACACAUGAGAGUUUGAACAUGUUUGUUUUUUCUCAUAGACUUCUAUACAACCAGAGGAGUCACUCCCUGCUGGAGUUUAGAGAGGAGUAGAAACAUUUUCUCAUAGACUUCUAUACAACCAGAGGAGUCACUCCCUGCUGGAGUUUAGAGAGGAGUAGAAACAUUUUCUCAUAGACUUCUAUACAACCAGAGGAGUCGCCCCCUGCUGGAGGUUACAGAGGAGUAGAAACAUUUUCUCAUAGACUUCUAUACAACCAGAGGAGUCUCCUCCUGC